AUGGAUUUACUCACAAUAUCCAAUGGCAGUUUUGCCCUUGACCUUUUCAAGAAGCUGAAUGAAUCUUCUAAGGGAGAAAACAUUUUCUUUUCCCCUUGGAGCAUCUCCACCGGUCUGGCGAUGGUCUACCUGGGUGCAAGAGGUAACACUGCAACCGAGAUGGCUGAGGUUCUUCAUUUUAACAAAGAGGAGAAGUCUGUUGUUUCCCCUCAGUCAUCGAAUCCCUCUCGUGGGAGACCCAGGAAAAGGAAAAUGGAACCUGAACAGGAUGAAACUCGAGAAAUCCAUGUGGGUUUUAAGACACUGUUAUCUGCAAUCAACAAACCUAACAAAAACUAUGAGCUUAAAACUGCCAACAGAUUGUAUGAAGAAAAGACUUUUCCCCUGAUUCAGAGGUACUUACAGCUUGCUAAGAAAUUUUACUGUGCAGAGCCACAAGCAGUUAACUUUAGGACGGCUGCUGAACAAGCCAGAAAAGAGAUCAAUUCCUGGGUCACAAACCAAACUGAGGGGACAAUCCAGGAUCUGCUGCCUACAGGAUCUGUUGACUCACGGACUGCAUUGGUCCUGGUAAAUGCCAUUUAUUUCAAGGGAAAAUGGGAAAAGCAGUUUAUAAAGGAAAACACAUUUGAAAGACCCUUCAGGGUUAGCAAGACCAAGACUAAACCAGUACAGAUGAUGUUUUUGAAAGAUAUGUUUAAAAUACUUUGCAUGGACACAAUGAAACUCAAAAUCAUCGAGCUCCCAUAUAUCAAAAAUGAACUCAGCAUGUUCAUCCUCCUACCAGAUGACAUCAGUGAUAGUGCUACUGGUCUGGAACUGCUAGAAAGAGAAUUGACCUAUGAGAAGUUAGCUGAAUGGACCAGCCCAGACAGAAUGGCAAAAGUGGAAGUGGAAAUGUAUCUGCCCAGGAUCCAGCUGGAAGAGGGAUAUGACCUCAAAUUGACUCUGAGCAGUAUGGGGAUGCCAGACGCCUUUAGCCCAGGUCAGGCAGAUUUCACGGGGCUGUCUGUCAAAAAGGAUCUGUUUUUGUCAAAAAUUUUUCACAAGUCUUUUGUUGAGGUCAAUGAAGAAGGUACUGAGGCAGCAGCUGCCACUGGAAUUGUUAUAGCAGAGAGAGCACAUCUAAAGGCUAUAAAAUUUAAGGCAGAUCACCCUUUCCUUUUCUUCAUCAGGCAUAACAAAACCAAGAGCAUCCUCUUCUUUGGAAAAUUUUGCUCCCCCUAGAAGGUAUUACUUUCUGCUAACAAAAAGCAUCAGAAGUUCGCUCUGCAGCUGGAAAAUAUCUGGCUCUCCAACCCCUGCCUUGAUUGUAAUCUUACUCAUAGCCCUGCUCAGCCACCUUCUUUAGUUCCAACAU